GUGAUUUUCGUCUCUUUGUUACACUGAUAGUGGAUUUAACUCGGAUUCAACCCAAACAUCCAGCGGACUGUGCGGCUCUCAAACAGGCUUUGAUGAGAGGCACUCCAUGAUGAGCAGCUAACGCCGUCGGCCGCACAACUGCAGGAAGAGACGUGGCUGCUGCUCCACCCACAGUCGACACAUGGCGGUAUUAGGGAACCCCGACAUGCUGACGAGGAAGAUAAAGCUGUGUCACAUCAACGCCCACAUCACAUGUCGCCUGUGUGAGGGCUACCUGAUCGACGCCACCACCGUCACCGAGUGCUUACACACCUUCUGUAGAAGCUGCCUUGUAAAGUAUCUGGAGGAGAACAACACGUGCCCCACGUGUAGGAUUGUUAUUCAUCAGAGCCAUCCACUGCAGUACAUUGGCCAUGACCGAACAAUGCAAGACAUCGUCUACAAGCUGGUACCGGGACUUCAAGAGGCGGAGAUAAAGAAGCAGAGGGAUUUCUAUCAGAAACUGGGCAUGGAGGUGCCUGGGGACAUUAAAGGAGAGCUGUGCAACAUGAAGACUCAUCUAGAUCAGCGAAAUGGCGACACAAAGUUAGAAGACACAGCGAAUAAGGAGGCCGGAGAGGAGAAGCCAGAGGAGGACAACGACUAUCACCGCAGUGACGAGCAGGUCAGCAUCUGCCUGGAGUGCAACAGCAGCAAACUUCGAGGUCUGAAACGCAAAUGGAUCCGCUGCUCAGCACAAGCCACCGUCCUCCACCUCAAAAAGUUCAUCGCCAAAAAGCUUAACCUGACAUCGUUCAACGAGCUGGAUAUUUUAUGCAACGAGGAAAUCCUGGGAAAGGACCACACUUUGAAAUUUGUUGUUGUGACAAGAUGGAGAUUUAAGAAAUCUCCACUCCUGCUCCAUUACAGACCGAAGAUGGACCUGCUGUAGCUACAACGGACACAAUGGUUGUUUUAUUUGGAUCCUUUUGGUUGGCUUCUUCGCCGCAGUGAAACUUUCUUCUUCUUUGUUUUCUUUUUCUUAUUAUUAUUUAUGCAAAGACGAUCAAUACCAAGCAAACACCUGACAUCAACAAAAGCCAGCAAUUCGACAUCUAAUGAGACAAAAACUGGCACAGGACCUGCAACACCGGCGUGGUUUUACAAACUAAAACAACCUUUUUCUUCGUCUGCUACAUCCUACAUAUGUGAACAAAAAGAGAAAAAUGAAAAAAAAAAAGGAGAGAAAAGCAUAUAUUUAUACUUUUGUACAGAAAAGACAUGAACCAAGACACUACUGGUGCUCUGUUUACACACAAACAAGAUGUCGGGAGUCAUCUGAACAUGUUUUUGAGCUUCAUCCUCCUCAGACGACGACUGACUGGAGAGGAAGGUCUUUUUUAUAUAUAAGUAAGAAUAUACAUAAAAAGGCGUCUUUUCACAACACAACAUGUUCUGGGAGCACAGAAAGUUUAUGGAAAAGUUAUAUAACAUCCAUCAAUUUUAAGCUGAUAAAUCAAUUUCCUCUGAAUUGUUUUUUUUAUUAUUUUAUUUCCAUUAUGUCUGAUUUGGAUUUCUAAUGAUUGUCAAUUGUGAAUAGGCUUUUUUUUUUGUAUGUAGUAAUUUAUGUUCGAUAUGCUGAUAUUGUACAUAAAAUGUCAUUACAGAGAGAUUGAAGAGAGACUUUAGACUGUUAAAUAGAAAAGAGAGAGUGGAUCCCUGAAGUGCUAUCUAUAUGGUGAUAAAGACAGACUUGCUAUCAGUAUCAGAUUAUAUGAAAGCAUCUUUAUGUUGUCUGAGAAAGACACAAAACAGCUUAUAUCAAAUCUGCAACCAUUUAUGUGGGUUCUGAAUAUGUGAAUUGACUUUAAGGAGGAAAACUGUCCCCAGCUUCAAGCUCAUAUAGAGAAUAAGACGUUUAAGAUAUCGUCGUUUAGGCAGAUUGAAGCCAUUUAAAUUUUGUUUUCCUCACUCUAAGCAGUCCUUAAUAUCCGUCCUCGUGUUCCUGCACUUUUUUUAGCAGCAGAAACUUAUGGAGGAGGAUUAGGGCCACUGGAUAAUAAUAAUAAAAUAUAAUCAUUGUGAUUUAUGAACUCAGAAAAUUGAAUUCAGAAAUCCAAAGGAAAAAAAUCAGAGAAAAAGUCAGAAUUCUGAGAAAGAGGCCAGGAAUAUGAGAUUGAAGUCCAAAACAUGCUCAAAGAAAAGUCAAAAAUCUGAGAGAAGAAUCAAAAAAUCUAAAAUCUACGAAAGUCAAAAAUAUCAGAUGGUUGACUUUUUACAUAAAUAGAUAAAAAAUAAUAGAUAUUUGUAACUUUUGAUUAAAGUCAGUGAUAAGAAAAGGUCAGAAGUCUCACGUUAAAGUCAAAAUUAUAAAAUUAAAGUCAGAAUUCUAAGUAAAAAAAUCUCAAUUAUGACAUUAAAGUUGAAAUUCUGAGAUUAAAGUCAGAAAUUGGAGACUAAAAUUGGGAUUUUGAAGAAAAAAAGGAAAAAUUUUGAGGAAAGAAAUUCACAAUUUUGAAAAGUCAAAAUAAUUUUUUGUUUUUUUCAGUGUCCCUAAUCCUCUUCUGUAGAAACUUCAGUUCUAAGGAUUUUUAUAAUCUGGACUCAUCAGCUCCACUUGCAGCUUUAUGAUGUUUAAUUGUGGACAAAUUUGGAGAAAAGGCAUUUAAAAUGAGAAACACGGUCUUCUCGCUGUCACAUUGUUUAUUCUCACUCCCAGCUGAAGAAGCUGCACAGUCUUCAAGUUCAUUCCUGAAAAAUGUAUUUGUCAUUUCAGUUUUUGUUUCUGUAUUCGGAUUUUUUAUUUUUAGUUUGUUUUUUGCAGGACAGGCAACGUUCAAGAACACAAAUUCAGGUUUAGCAGGGGCUGAGGCGUUACUUAAAGCAUUUUAAUAUUGAAAUUGAGAAUAAAAUGACCACAGCUGGGUCGUUUGGUGCUUUUUAAAUGUGCGUUUGUAUUAUUGAGGAGGUUUCUUCUGUAACCACAUGCGGUUCUUAACUGUGUGAUGCAGCAAAUCUGCUAAAGCUCUUCUUUUACAUCCCCAGAUCUUAGAAAAGUUUCUUACUUUUCUGUUUUUCCCAAGCAAAUGCAGAACUGUCACCUUUUCACAUGUGAAACGUUUUAUUUAGAGGCUUCUUCAUGAUGUGGAAUAACUGAAACGUUAUUUAAAAUCAUUCCAGAAGUGAAACUAUUUCUUUUUAAGGAUUACAACUUGCACAAUAUUUUCACUUUUUGAAAGUGGCGAUAUAUUCAUUCAUUUAUGAAUGAAUAUAUUUUUAUUAUUUCAAUAAUAAUCCCACUCACUGACAUGCACUGUGUCUCUGUGGCAACAAAUCCAGACAAACGCAGCUGAAACACCUGCAGAAUUAAAGCCCUGACAGCAUAGCUGCUCAUUGUUUUUGGUUUCUGUGAAGCCAUUUUAUUAGAAAUGCAUCAAUUUACUUUUAUUAUUAUAGUUAUUAAAGUAUGUUGUUAAACAAUAUUUAGGAGCUUUGACUUUGAAAAAUAGCCCUUAUGUGCAUCUUCUUGCCAGACUUUUUCCUUCCACUUUACUUUCCAUUAAUGUCCGUCCAGGUGCAUCUCAAUAAAUAAGUCUAUCUAUGUAACUUUAGAUUAAUUACAUUUGUGCUGAUGUUUUCAUGUCUUUUGUCUGAUCUUUUUUAAUAUACAACUCAUGAAAACUUAUUUAAUUUCUUAAGCUGCUCCAGCAAUAAUAUUCUGUGGAAUUUCUUCUUAAACCUGUUCUGAUUUUUUACUGAACACAGAAUAUAACAUCAGUAAAACAGUAAAAAUUCUGUAUUUAAAGGUUCUUUAUUUACUGUUUUCACUUUUUGGAAAAAUUGAUUAAGAUUAAGAACAGCGACAAACUUUACAUUUUAUGUUAUUUUGUGCGAAACUCAGUUAUGAAAUUAGGUUUCACAUAUUUUUAAUAGACUUGGAGGAAUAUAUUUAAUCAGAAAAAGUUAUUCUUAAAAUGGCUUAAAAACCUAAAACAAUGAGCUAACAGGACUAUUUUUCUUUUUCUUGAUAAAACACUUUUUUCUUCCUGAUUUUAAUUGAAACUUUUUGCAUCACAGCUGCUUGAUUUCCACAUUAAUUUUGUUAAACGAUAAAACUCUUCAGUUUGUCGACUGUGGGGUUUUAAAUAUUUGUUUUGUUUAUUCCAGCUUCUGCUUGUCUUUGUUGGUUUGUGCUGAACGUUUUCUGUUUUCUUUGACGUACAUCAGCUCUUCAGGUGAAGAAGCUGUAAACACCCAACAUGGUGCUGCUGUGACUAGAAAACAAGAAAAAUCUCACAAACACUGCAAGAACACAAAUUAUUACCAACUAUUUCUUUCUACUUUCUAGUGCAAAUAUCUUGGCUCACUUGAAAUAAGACAAAACUAUUUAAGAUAUAAGAGUUUGUUUCAGGUCAAUAAUGACUAAAUAUUUUACCUGUAACAAGACAUUUUCCCAUGUUUCACAUGUUUCAAGUGAAACUAUUAUAGUUUAGUUUUCUAAUUACAAGAACACUAAGAGAUUUUAAAACUGUUAAAGAUAGAAAAAUGGAGGAAUAAAUUUCCAACCAAAAAUUCAGAAAUUUUUAGAUUAAUUUCAAAAGUUUUCUAGAAGAAACCUGAAAAUAUCUGAGCUCUGAAAGACAAAAAAUUGCUAUUUAUAUGUAUAUGUACAUAUAUAGCUUCUGUAGUUUAGAAAUUUCCAAAUUAUUUCUAGAAAACUUCUGGUAGUAAUCUUAAAAUGUUUUUUGGUGGAACGUUUUUCCCUCUUUCUGUCUUUUUAUCUAUAGUUGCUUUUGGACACCAUCAUAUAUUUGCGCUAGAAAGUAGACUAAAGCUACUUGGGUCAAUUUUAUCUUUAUGCAGUGAUAAUGUACCACAAAUGCCUCACUUGCCCAUUUAUUCCUGCUGUUUCUGCUGUAAUUGAGGGAACUCAGUUUGAGAAGUUAACGGUUGUCAGGUGGAAUAAUUAUUUCAAUGUGGUGCAUCUGAAAUAUUUAAGACUAAACAGCUUUAGAUUAUGCAGUAGAUUGAAAAAUAAUUUGUGGACAAAAACAGUUUUUUUGUUCAUUGCUGAUGGAAAAGGUGGAGUUUUCCCUCGCAGUGACGGUCAGACUUCAUCUCUGGUGCUUUCUAAGGUGCUAACAUUCCCUCAUCUCCAAGUUUUCCUGCACAAAUCCAGUCCGUGACGAAAAGGCGCUGUGCGAAACGUCGCCUGUUGGUUUUUGUUUCUGGUGUCGUUUCUCGUCGGUUCUGCCUCUCUGUGCAGAUAAAGGUGCUGUUCCCCUCCCUCGUUCCUCCUUAUUGAUUUGUCUGCUUUACCAGCUGAUGCAAUUGAAAACCAAGGGAAUUUUAAACAAGUUGAGGCCCGAUGAGGUGGAUUCUGUGAGAACUAAAAGUAAAGUGGUGAGAAAUUGGAUGUGCUGGCACCAAUUUCAUGGCUCAAAUCGAAAUCACACUUAUUAUGGGGUUCUUUGGUGUGAGAUGUUUGCGCCUCUCAGUCAGAUUGAAACUUGCUGGUUUUAAUAGCCCAGACUUUCUGAAUUAUUAUUUUUUAUGGAUUCUGCUGAGUAAGGUUUUCACUCCCAGCUCACUGGAACGGAUCGAUGUUUAGCUCUUUAUUGGGACCAACAUUAAGACAUGCUGCUUGUCAGAGGUUCAUGGCAGAGCAAGCUCAGCUGCAGAUAAACAGUUUAAUAAAAGGUCUUCUAUAAGGUUAUUCUGCUGUCGCUCUUGCAUUAAACAACAUUUCCUCAAUGAUUCUGGCUGCAGACUGAACUCUUAAACAGACUCUGCUGUUAAGUAAGUGUCCACUUUGAAAGUGUGGAAGGUUUUGUUUAGCUGUUGCUGAGAAAAUCAGUUUUCAAACUAUGAUGUAUUAUUUUAAAAGUCCUAUCUAAAGCUGACUGACUCAUAAACCUUUAGUUUCCUCAUUACCAGAAAGCAUUGCAGUUACGAGCUUACAUUUCAUAAAUCAUUUUAUUUAGCCUCAUUGCCAUAUUUCAGUUCAUUUGAAGUCCACACUUUGACUAGGACACUCCACCCUCAUUCCCUCUCCCCCAAUCCCCUUUUUGUUUUGUUUUGUUUAAUCAGUCACUCCGAUCUGGACUUUCUGCUGUGUCACAGACUGAAUGGUUUUAUAUAUUAGUGUGAUUAAAAUUACACAAAAUUAACUUACAGAUAACUUUUCAGCAAGAUGCAUGAGCUUAUUUUAGGUCAAUAAUUCAUUAACAUUUAUUUAAAAAAGACAGAAUAUUAGGACCAUAAUAAGAAUAUAUAAAAAACUAAAAUUACAAGAGUGAAAUUGAAAUAAUGAGAAUAAAGUCGUAAUAUUUUAAGAGUAGUUUAAUAUUUCAAAGAUAAAUUCAUAAAAAUAAUCUUGUAUUACUAUGACAUUAUUCUUACAUUAUUUUGAAUUCUUGUAGUUUUAGUACAUUUUCUUUACAUUAUUAUUGUGAUCUUAAAACUUUAUAAUUGAAAUAUUUAAUUCUCGUUAUGAUUUUCUUUGUGUGGUCCUAAUACUUUAUAAACUCAAUAAAGGAAAUCAUAAUUUGAAAACUGCAUUUUCUAUAAUGUUUUUGUCAGAUAUUAAAACUGGUUAGAUUUUCUGAAACAUUUAAGUCAAAAAAUAAAUCUUUGAGAUUUGUCAUUUUCACAUCACUAUAAAUUCUUGGUCAAAAGAGAAUUAGGCAGCAGUUUUGUUGUUUUCAAAUUACACAAAAAUCCUUCCAGAUCUGGAGGUUUUUUUCUAAAUUUGAUCCGUUUUAAAAUCUUUCUCUGCUGAAGGAGAAAUUUCUAACUUGACAUGUUUAGUUUGUUUCUUUGCGUCUGAAUUUUCCCGUAGUGUUUUAAUGUUAACAAAAUUUUCCCUUUGUGAGCGCAGAAAAAGAACGUGGUUUAUUCUAUUUGCAAACAAAGUGUGCAAUAUACCUUUUCCAGACUGUUUCAGCCCCAUUGUCUGUUUUGUGUUUAGUUUGUUGCAGCCAGCUCCUCAGGUCUCUAAAUGCCUUCUGGUUCCUCACGCUGAUCAGGAAAUCUGACACUAAUCCACCCAAUACACAAACAUGGAUUUGGACUGGAUUUUAUUUCACUCUCGUUUCCUUUUCCUCCUGCAGGUUAACUCAGGCACUUAUUUGGUGUCCUUGUCCUUGUAUUAUUUAUUGCACAUUUUAUGAUCUGGUUUACACUUAAACACAAAAUGUAUCGCGGUUUAGGACUGGGCUGGAAUUUCUUACAUACAAACCUACAGAAGCUUUUGUCAAAUCAUAAAUGUGUAUUUCAUCAAUAAAUGCCUUUUAAAAGUA